GCUGUGUUUUGGUUUUCAUUGACGGCGGUGGUGAAGGAGGCUGUCAUCGUUCCUUCCUUUGCCUGUGCGUGCGUGACACGAUGGCCUGCUUUGGCAUACCGCUGGAGACCCUCAUGCUUCCAGCCACUCCAGGAGAUCCAAAGCUGCCACAAGUGCUGGUGUUUGUGUGCGAAUAUCUUCGCGAUGCGUGCGAAAAGUGGAGAGUGGAUGGCCACCCAAACCAGUUCUUGCAGAUGACGCUGCCCAUGUUCGACCGCGACCUGUUUGCGCGUGUCAAGCGAGAAGUGAACAAAGGCAACCUCCAGGCGUGCAAGUCCGUUCCCUGCGCAUUUCGCCUCCUGAAGACCUUCCUGCGCGAGCUGCCAUCGCCCAUCAUCCCGGAGCCCCAUUACGACACGUGCCUGACCAUCUGCGAGGAGAUGAUGCAGCAGUGCGUCGCCACCAUCACCACCCACGACGCCUUUGCACCUCUCGCCACGGCCGUGCUGGGCCGCAAGUCCCCGAUUGCAGCGGAAGAGCUGAAGAGCGUGAAGGCGACAUUGGCAGAGGGAUGGCGGCGCAGCGAGAUCGCGCUGACGGCAGAUGAGGAGGUGCGAUGUGCGGCCUUUGACGCAGUCUUGGACGAGCUGGCGUCCCACCCGCGCACGCACAGCACAGACAUGGAGGAACUCUUCUUCCUUAGUCUUCCAAAGCACAACAGGCUCGCCAUCGAAUUUCUAUGCUCCAAGAUUGGAGAAUGGCACCUGUCGUACCUGUCCGCCCUCCAGCGCAAUGACCCAAGUGCUGCCACUACCGACCCAAACGCCGCUCCCGACCCAGGAUCCCGUCUCCGCUUCAUCGAUGCCAUUGCUGUUCAGUUUGCGCCACACGUGUUGCGCCCGUAUGCAAUCGUUACCGACUCGACACCAAAGUGGAAACGAAAGCGCCUGCAAGUGAUGUUCUUCAAGCUCUUGGUGUCGCUCGUACGACGAAAGUUUAACCGGUUGACGGCGCAGGAGCGACACCAGCUCGACCAACCGCACGAAGCGUUUCUCCACUCCAUCAUCGCAGCACACUGCACAGGGCAACCGCUCGCAAAUGCUUUUGCUCAGCCUCAGACACGCGAAGAGCGCAUCGUCUCCUUCUCGUCCGUCGAUACAUUGAGUGUCGGGAAAGAGCACGCGAGCGGCGUGGAUGUGUCCUCUCUCUACUCGGGCGACCGGCGCGUGGUGUAUCCCGUGCUGGACACGACUGGGCAUGCAGCGGAGGGGGUCACAGUGACAUAUGCGCGCAACAACGACGCAAAUAUGUUCGUGGUGGUCGCACACGCGGUCAAGCAGGCGCCCAGCCGUGAGCGAGGCGCGCGUGGGGAACAAGGGACACUGGAGGAUUACACGCACCAACAGCAACAGCAGCUGCUGCAUUCGAUGCAGCAACAAUCGGCGUUUGUCCAACAUCACAGUCACCACCACCUGCAUGAUCAGCAUCAACAUCAUCAUGUGGGGAGCGACGCGAGCGCAUUUGGCGAUGGAUUGGAGCACAACAAUGCCCCACGCAUUUCAAUCGACAACCUCACACACGGCGACGAUGAUGAUGAUGAUGAUGAUGAUGAUGAUGAUGAUGAUGAUGACGAUGACGGCGAUGAUGAGGACGGGCACGAGGGUGGACUAUCUCUUCACCACGACAAUUUGAGUGCCAGUCAAAUUCCGCUAGCACAGACACCACUGUUGGCGCCGACACCACGUCCUGGAUCAGCAGAACCGCAACAGCGAAUUGACACAACGCUGCCGCUCGUCGACGCGCAAUGGCUGCAUUCCCUGCAGCUUGAACGACACGAGAAACAGUUGCUGGAGACGUGCCCACUCCUGCGCGAAUGGUUGCAACUCAAGUACCACCCAGCAGACCCAGACACAAACCCGCAAACGCUGGCGCUCAGUGCUCUUCAGCGCGUGAGCAAAGAGGACAUUGAACACGCAGACAACCUGCAGGAUGGGGGCGACAAUGCAGCAGAGCAACAACAACAACAACAACAACAACAACAACAACAACAACAACAACAACAACAACAACAACAAGUGGCGGUCGUGCCACCAGGUGAAGGCAUUAUUGAUUUGAUAUUCGAUCGAGGCGUGCACGGAGGACUCGAAACAACUCGGCUCAACAUCCAUGAAGCGCCUGCCCCCGCCGACGCCAUCAACUACGACUUCGUCUUUGCAUUUCCGAGGACGGUUGACACGGCCCGGGAUGAAGCCACGUCGUUGGCAGCAAGCAGCCCAACAUCAAACUUCCUCGCCUUCAGCACCAAGAAUCACAAGACAAAGCCGCAUCUGGCAGAUGAACACACCGAACUCCUCAACACCUGCUUGCCCAACAAGACAAAGACAAUUGCAGAGACGGGCGCAUGUGAAGUGUGCCAGCGCGCCAUCUCUUCCGGCCCCUCCCUCGCCCGCUCACACCGACGAACUGUGUGCAGGUACUGCUCUCGGCGGUUGUGUCACGACUGCUGCAAAUCGGCCUUCGUUGUCCCGAGCUACAUGCUGAUCAAAGCAAACUUUCAGGAACACAAGCUGUGCAACCAGUGCCAUGAUCACCUCGUUCUACAUCAGCACAAACCUCUGGUCCUCUUGGACCAUGCCAGCCCCGCAUUCAUCAAGCACGUUGGGAAGCAGCGCAUCUUGCAGAUUUACCAUUUGCGAUCGGAGAUACAACAGCUGCUGUACUACUACAUCCUUCCAGGGUGUUCUUCACGUGACAGCCUGGUGGCACUGCUGCCUGAGGACCUGCUUGGCUACAUUGUGCAGUUUUCCAUCCACGAUGGCCCACGGGUGUCCAUAUCGGACCUCGUCGCCCUCCACCGCCGUCGCAGCACCAUCAUUCCCCGCCUGCAAAGCGUGCGUCGGCUGCUUGAGAGACACGUGCACGCGUGCCCCUCGUGCCUGCAGGCAACGAGCCCGCGCGCAUGCUGCGCACUCGACCACUGCAAGCAUUGGGACGCUGCCAACGAUGACCCUUUGCACACGCAGAUGGCAAGAAGCCGAAACGCCAGCACGAACCACUCGUUCCAUUCCAACCGCACCAUCACCAGCACUGGCAGUGGUGUACACGGAGGUGGUGGCGUGAACGCAAGCAUGCCUUCCGUCGCGUACACGGCGCAGCUGUCCAACCUCAACGUGAGCGGCCUUGAGGCACUUGAUGCCGGUGCUGGCCGUGGUGAUGGCACAGAGAAUGCAGCGAAGGAAGGGAAUGGCACACGUGCUGCUCGCCCGAGUCAACACCACCCGAGCACAGCCAGCAGUGCUGCGGAUGAGAGUUCAGACCACGGGUCACGGUUCAUUCACAUUCAGCGUGAUUCCCUUCGGCUGUGCCGAUCCUGCCUUACAUAUGGACACGAGGAAUGCAUGGAUGCCUCCACGGGGGAGUGUGCGCGGUGCGUGUUCCUGCAGCAGCAGCAGGAACAAGAGGGGCAAUACGCGGAUGCUGAUUUUGGGCUGAGCUUCCUUGGCAAGAACGGCGGUGGGUCCACUGCUCGUGAGCACGUGGAUGCGUUGUACUGCCCAACCCCGCGCCCCAUCAGCGGCACCUUGAACAACAUUCAUGCCGACAUGGUUUUGUUUGACCAUGUCAUCCCCGAUCACUUCGCGUGACCCUUGGAGGAUGCAAGGCAUGGAUGGUGUGCGCUAUUUGUGACGUGUCGUUUGUUGCGCAUUCGUGUCCAGUUUGGGCGUGCUUUGCACGCAUGUGUUAUAGGCAAGUACAGGAACAUCAUUUGAAUGUGGAGGUCCCGUGAAAUGACAAACACACACACACACACACGCACUUGUUUCGUUUGCUUUGCAGCAUUUGUAUUGUGUU